UAUUCAUAAAAGUUUUGUAAAUUCGAUUAUGGUACAUAAAAAUAACGUUUCGUGAGCACAAUAUGUCGUGGUAAUUUUCACUGGGAAAUUCAGCGAGUUUUUCGACUGUGUGUAUGAUCGAUCACGUUUAGAGAGGUGUUGGCGAAAGCCGGCAGGCUACAGAACAGGUUAUGGUAAUGUUUGUUGCCUAUCUCUGUUCAAGGUUUCCUCUUCCAAGAAAUCAAAAAGGCUCGAAAUUCACAACGCGAUGAUUGUUGUUCGUUGUUCCAUUCCACUCAGAUUUCCUUGAGAAACACAGGUUCCAUUCAUUUACCUGAAAAAAUAAAGUUCUAGUCUAUGUUAACUCCAUAAUUUCCGCCAAUAUCAGCUUCUUCCCACUCAAGAAAACCAGCAUCUCGCGAGGAGAAAGUAUGAAAACGCGCACGUGAAGAAAAUAUUCAAAUUGCAACAAAUACACUUAGUAUUACUCAUUCGCUGUUGCCUCACCUUUGCCGUGAAUCGCUAGUAGGCAGACGGUCACUUAAAUUACAGGUGCUAGGACUAUGUAAGCAAUGACGUAAACAGGGAUUUUGGAAAAGGCAGUUUCCAUAAGGCGCGAUAGUGAUUCCUAUACGAAUAAUAUUUUACACGUUGGUGGUGAAAAUGUGAACCAAAAUGUAGAUUUUCAAAUAGCCAUGGCUUUAGUGAAUUCGUGUUUUUGCUGUGGUGUGCCUAUAGCUGCUGGAUUUUUCACUGUUUACCUUUUGAUCGCCUACCUUAUAGCGUUCGCUUUCGAGCUGCUAUGGAUUCUGGAAUCCAGUUCCAAUCUUCCAGUUGCAGCAAUUCUGCUAUGCGCUGGUUAUUUCACAAUGGCACUGUUUGCGGCCUUGCUUGUACACGGUUUGGCAACGAGAAAUACCCUAUGCCUAGUGGCAUGGAUGUUUGCUGUGACGAUACUUACUUUCCCAGAAGCUGGCUUAGUCUUCUACAUGAGCGUUCAGUAUUGGAAAGUAGAGAGCCUUUACGGUCUCACAGAAUUGAUAUGUUGGUUUGUGAGAAUCGUGGUGAACGUUGUCCAGUUGGUGCUAGUCCAAUCUUUAUAUACGAUGUGGAAAGAUGAGGAACUGGUACAGAAACGACUGAGGGAAUUGAACGUCCAAGGGGUACCAGUGCAAUUGGAGAGGACAGCAACUUUGAACAGUCAAUAUUACCAGAACAAUGCGUAUGCCCAAUCCGUUGAGAGUCUAAAUUCGAUUGGCAUGAAGAGAACAUUAUCCACGUCCCACGUGUGGAAUGGUGCAAAUAUGGCAAAUAACAUCAACGUACCACUAGAAAACUACUAUUUCACAACUCAGAGCGAAUUCAACGCCAGUGUUUUCGUACCUAAUCAUGCAGAACACGAUGAUUCUGUACCUAUCUCCAAAAAGUCCCAAUCCAUGAUGGAUCUUCGUGCUAUAGACGACAACGGUUCCCUGUCAAACUACAGACUAAAUAGGUGGACUCAGUACCCUCCACCAGUUAGGGAAACUAGAUCGGCAGUGCCACCCAAUUAUAAUCUCAGUUUGCGGAGCAAUAUGAAUCGUCAGCAAAGGACCAAAUUGCCCAGGUUUGCAUCCAUGGAUGCCUUGGACAGCACCGAUAAAAACGGCCAUAUCAUAAGGAAUCGCACAGGUUUCUACGCUCAACCCAUUGAAAAUUACGGUGUUCCUAUCUAUUACGGACCGCUUGACGGUCCAGAUUUCUUAAUUUAUAAAAAACAGAUGGACAAAUUGACGAGUAAAAACUCCUUGAGCAACGCUUCGGUCGAUGACGUUCAGAAAUAUAGGGACGUUGCUUUAUAAAAAGUAUAAUCAAAUACCUACAGUACAGUCGCAAUAAGUUAUGUAUAUUCAUAUUUAUGUCUACACUACGAAUUAAUUUGAUGGACCAGAAUCUCCUAUGCGGAAAGUACAUUGUAUGUAAACCCAGAAACUUUCUUCUUGAUCAAUAGUUUGUUUAUCAUUUUCGUAAUCAAAGAUGUUCAACAGGUUCGAAAUAGUGUAUCUACAUAAUAUAUGGAAAAUAAAACAGAUCAGCGAAGCAAAGAACGAUUUUGACUCGGUCAUAAACACAAUGUAAAAAAAAAGAUUUUUUAAAAGGAAAAUCAAAUUCGUAUGUUUAUGAAAAGUAUUAUAUAACUAGUCCAAAAUGCGAGCUCAAUAUAUUAUCAGCUGUUAUUGAAUGUCGCCUAUCUUAUGAAUGGGUUAUCGAUUUGAUCAUGCUGAAGGUCCAACCAUUCUUUGUAAAAAGGAGGUAAAUUCCUCAAUAGGUAUAUUCAUCUAAGUAUGGUGCUAUUUAUAAUAACGAAAAAAAAGUGUUUUUAGUGUAAAUAAUGGUUCAGUUAACCAAUAGCGGAAUAAUGUUAGCUUGUUAAAGUUCCGCUAAUAGGGUAAAGAAAUCUGUGAUAAUGUGAUAGUACCCUCCCAAAUUAACUUUUAGAAUAUCACUUAUAUAACUACUGUUGCAGUAGUGUGAGCUAUUUUCUAUUAGUGACAAUAUUAUUUGAAUAAUAGCUCAUACUACAGAGUGCCAUGUUAUACUGGGAAGUUUAACUCAUGAUAUGUUCUUCAUUGUCUACAUUUGCACUGUAUAUUAUGUGAGAAUAAAUGAUUUUAUUAGUUGAAA